AUGGGUUCGCAUUCGAAGAUCCUCCCGCAAUUGGCUUCGUCCAAGCUCUUCAUCACUGAAGGCGGAAUCGAGACAACUCUCAUCUACAAAAUGAAUAUCGAUCUCCCGAGCUUCUCCACUCUUCCAUUUCUCGGUCUGGAAGAGGGCAGAAAGAUUAUCUCCUCCAUCUACCAAGGCUAUAUAAAUAUUGCCCUGGCCCACUCAACCGGUAUCGUCCUCGAAACUCGAACUUGGCGCGGCUCUCCUUCAUGGUCUUCCGAAAUUGGCCUCUCCGUCCCACAGAUCCUCGAUCUGAACCGCACGGCAGUGAAGAUCCUCCAUGAUCUCAGGAACAAGAAUGAGACUCCAUCCACUCCUAUCGUCAUCAGUGGGGCCAUUGGAACUCUUCAAGAUGCCUACAAGGCUUCCACUGACACGGCUUCCUUCUCUCAGGCACGGGAGUAUUAUGCCGCCCAAAUUCACGCUUUCGCCGAAGAAGGUGUAGACAUGUUAUGUAUCAUGACCGUAACGAGUCUCGUUGAGGCCACCGCAGCAGUAAGUGUGGCGCGUGAGUAUAACCUCCCAAUUCACGUCUCGUUUAGCAUCGAGACGGAUGGACGGCUGCUAGGAGGAAGAACCCUUGGUGAUGCGAUUCGAGAAGUCGACCGUUUGACCGAGAAUUAUACAACGUAUUUCGGGGUGAAUUGUGCUCAUCCACGUCAUAUUAUGACAGCAGUACGGAGUGUCCCUGAGGAUUUGAGGCCGAGGAUCGGGUCGAUUCGAGGCAAUUCAAGUCUUAAGUGUCACGAUGAGCUUGACGACUCGCUGGAGCUAGAUCGGGGCGAUAUUUCGGUGUGGGUUCGAGAGUUCAAUGGGCUUUUGAAUAUCUUGCCGGAACUGAAAGUGGUAGGGGGUUGCUGUGGCACGGAUGAUGAGCAUAUUGAUACUCUUGCGAAAUCUUGCAAGAGGAAUUCAUUCUUUUAG